AUGGCGUCUGCAAACCUUGCCCGAUUUCUAUCAGACUUCACCCUUGGUUUCUCCGAUGGUCUCACCGUCCCAUUUGCUCUGACCGCCGGUUUGAGCUCCCUCGGCCGCAGCGAGACUGUCAUUUAUGCCGGACUGGCGGAACUCUGUGCGGGAUGCAUCAGCAUGGGUAUCGGCGGUUACUUAGCUGCGAGAGAUGCUUCGCGUCAGGACCUUCAAACGCCGUCGCGUGAGUCUGAAGAGGAGCAAGGCAUGCUUCUCACAGAGCGACAUAGCGAGGAAGAACAAGAAGAAGCAGAGGAAAAGAGUACAACAAACACGAGUAGCGAAGCUGAAAAGGAUGUGCGCCGGUAUCUUCAUCCGCUCAAUCUCCCGGAAUCGACGAUUGCGACGGUUAUCGAGGCCAUUAAGUCUCAACCACAGGGAACCAUCUGGGCUUCCAAAAGGAUACGAAGCUCCGAGUCUUCACCAGAGCUCAACGACGCUGUUGCUCUUCAAAGUGGUUUCUUGGCGUCGCCAAUCUUUUCAGGCUUGUCCAUUGCGCUGGGUUAUCUUGGCGGAGGCUUGCUGCCUCUGAUUCCCUACUUCAUCGCGUCGAAUGUAGGGCAAGGCCUCCGUUGGAGUAUUUUCAUUUGUCUCGUUGCGCUAUUAGCAUUUGGUGUUGGUAAGAGUUGGGCUUUGGGCAGCAGAAAAGACUCUUGGAAGUGGUGCUUAUGGGAAGGUGUUCAGAUGGCGUUCUUCGGGUUUUGCGCUGCGGGCGCUGCGGUGUUAUGUGUGAGUAUCGUAGAUCAACGAGCCCAAUGA